UCCUGUUGCUCUGUUGUUGCUCCGGCGGUGACGUUCGCGCGAUCCUGCGUGAAGAGACGGAAGGAAAGAAGGACAUUGCAAUUCGACAGCUCGACUACCAUGCAACCGCCGUUACGCUUAUAAGGUACGACUGCACUCUGGAAAGUUUGUUUGAAACAACGGCAGAGCCAACGGAUUGUAGCGGCGGGACAUCGGGCUGGUCGAAUUAUCGCUCCAAAACGCCACACCGAAUAGCACAUAUUGUAAGUACUUCAUCUGCUGAUUUAUCUACAACAUACAAUAACCACAUGGUGCAGACAGGGAUGGCUGCGCCCUAUGGUGGGGGUGUCUUCCCACCUCCGGUGAACGGGGUUGCGGGCGUCGUAGGGGCGGCCGGUGCAGCCGGUGACGUUAAACCGCCACCGCCAGUGCCAGUGAAGGAGGACAACGCUGGUGCGCCUCAACAGCCACCCCCGACUGGCGGGCCCCAGGUGCCGCCUGCGGCAGGCGCGCCUCAUCCCUCCGCCCCAGGUGCGCCGACCGCGGCCAGCUUCAGUCCGCCUCCGCCUCCGAACGGGGUUGAUCAACAGGCCAUUACGGAGGUGUUCCAGGCUGCGGUAGCGGCGGCAGCAGCAGCAGCUGCAGGAGGUGGCGGCCAGCAACCCGCACCAACACCAGGCGGUGGUACUGAGACCAACCCUGAAGGCGGAGUUGAGGCUGCAGCAUUGGCGCCUGUCACCUCAGGUGCGACGACACCUGCGACGGCGACGCCGGGCACCGACCUCAAGGGUCAACCAAAGCGCCUGCAUGUCAGCAACAUACCCUUCCGCUUCCGAGACCCUGAUCUCAGGGCGAUGUUUGGACAAUUCGGGCCAAUUCUCGAUGUGGAAAUCAUAUUUAACGAAAGAGGAAGCAAGGGAUUCGGUUUUGUAACAUUCGCAAAUAGUGCUGACGCGGACCGGGCACGUGAGAGGCUACACGGCACCGUGGUUGAGGGCAGAAAGAUUGAGGUGAACAACGCAACAGCGAGGGUACAGACAAAAAAACCUCCGACGGUGCCGAACGUGUGCGUACAAUGGCCAGAGGCCGCGGCACUUAGAGGAGUCGCCAUACAGCGCGGCCGAGUUGGAGCGGCGAGAGCAGCAUUCCCGACUGGUGCAGCCGCACUAGCCCUAGCCAGGAAUCCUGGGCCACUCGCAGCCGCAGCUGCGGCCACGGCCUUGCAUCCCUUCGCACCCACCGUGUAUUACGACCCCUUCCUGGCAGCGCACGCAGCGACACAGGAUCCCAACUACAGGUUGCAGCUGGAAUGGCCUCAAGCAACAGCUGACGCCGCGGCAGCAGCAGCCGCAGCGACACCCUUGUUGAAGACACCUCUAUCCACGGCACAACAAGCCACGUAUGCAGCUGCAGCAACCUACACGGCGGUAGCUGCGCGCGCUUACGGCGCAGCUGCAGCUGCGGCACAGCCGGUCGCAGGAUAUGCCGCAGUCGCGGGUUACGGGCGUGAGUACGCCGAUCCCUACCUAGGACACGGCAUUGGACCUGUGGCGGGCUAUGGGACUGUGUACAGAAGCGGUUACAACAGGUUUGCCCCAUACUAAACUGACAGCGGAGCGCAAGAGCCUUCCAAGAGCAUCGUUAUACUCAGCAGAACAUGACCAGACGCAAGUCGACACAAUCAUCACCGUCAUUUUGCCAUCGUCGGGAUCACUCGCGAGGCGACGCGCCUGGACCCUCUACGCAUACUUGAGACUCGCCGGUUUUACUUCCGCGGCACGCAAGAUCUGACGGGCAAUUGGAUAUCAUUUGCCUUUCGAGAUUAUCCGAUCGAAACGUGCCCGCUGUCGUGGAUGAGAAACAUCACUUUUGCGUCAGAUCUGUGCAAAGCAAAAAAAAACUUGUCAACGAUGGAGAUCCAUAGGCGAGAAAAAUCGGUCUUUAAACAUAGCGGUAGAGUCGAGGCCGGCGCAUUUGAUGUGUUGAGUCGUGUCUGAUGGGAAGUCGCUCUCGCGUCAGUAAUUUUUAGCAACAGCAACGCGAUAGUCUUUUUACUCUUCCAUUCUGUUCCAAUUUCAACAAUUGAUCUGAAUUAAAUUAAGAUAAAAGUUCACACCACAUCAAUGACAACGCUCUCAUCGCUUUGACAUUUGCCGUACAAAGUUAUUCUCAGUUACGAACAUGUUUUGUUAUAUUUUUUCUCAAUGUAUUCCUUUCGGUGUAUUCAAUCCUCAGCGUGUUAAUCGAUCUUGCCAAAAAGCUUUCCGAGCGGCUAAACGAGACAUGAAAUAUAGUGUCGUGACUCACUUUUUCUGUUUAUAGUUUCCGCAAAAUGCAAUGUUGAAAUGUUGAAAUGUUGCAAUGUUAUAUAUAUAUAUAUAUAUACAUAUAUAUAUAUAUAUAUAUAUGUUAUGUGUAUCUCCUAUACACGCACGUUUACCUAUUAAUUGACGACUUCGAUCCGACACGAGCCGGCACACGGUGUUCCCAAGAGCGAGACCUUUAGGUAGCUAGUUAAAGAGAAGAAAACAAAAAAAAACACGACCUAGACACAAAGGCAUCCAUGUGACUGGUAGGGUUUCUAUGCCAAAUAUGUAUGUGUAUGCGCUUUUGCGCGCGUGUGUAUGCGUAGGUUUUGCGAACCAAGCUCUGUUCUCGGUAAACUAGAGAGUAGCAGACGGACAGAAGAAGGGACGGAGAAGAACCGUUCAGACCUCUGAAGCGGCAUGCUGGAUUCUGAUUUGCGCCGAGACAUCAGCGCAUCUCCGAUUUUUGCUUAUUUCUCAACUUCGUUUCGCGUAUGCGCUCGCUCCAUUCGCGGACAAACUCAAAGAGAUAUCUCGAAGCGCAGCUAGCAAAAUGUUAAGCUAUUUUAAUUACUUUUGUUAGAUUGAAAUCUCCGUGGAAACCCUCGCGGUAAUUAACGAGACUUUGAUAGAUCUGUUUCAAGAAAAGGCUGAGGAAAUCUGUGUUUCAGUUUGUUUUUAUUCUUUACAACUAGAACUUAAGGAAAUAUGCGAAGGAUGUCGCAUAUUUAAUUUUCGUAGUGAUAUAUUCGUAUAUCCGAUAGUUUGUAUAUCUUUGUAGCUUAUUUGUCCGAGAAACUUGGCGCAGCCUUGCCAUCUGUAAACUGUGAAACAACGACAAAUUGCGCAUUGGAGCGGCGAAUGCGAUCGAGUUAUCCCGCCACUCACGCCUCUUUUCUCCAAAUCUGACAUAGCUUCAUCGCGCGACGAUCCAGUCAAAGCAUGUAUCACCUAUUUAUUUCUUAGUUAAGCAGUUUGAACGAACAUGACAAUCUCUUUUUUUUUAACACAGUGAACACAGUAAGAGAGUUUUUGGACCUGAGAGAAGAAUGCCUUUUUUUCUGAAGUUUUUUUAAAAGAAUUAUGACAGAACAUUCAAAACUUUGUGCAUGUUUUUACGUGAGUUUGAGAAACACCGAUAUUUUUUAUAAGAAAAUUAACGUAUUUAUUCAAAAUAAUAUGAACUCGUACUUGCAAAAAAUCAUGCUGGUUUUGUGUUUAAUUAAUUAAUUAAUUAAUACAUUAAUACAUAAUAAGAGAACAUAAAAUAAAAUAAAUAUAUCUAUCUGUAACAUUCAUAAUUUCUUAUUUUGCAAAAGAAAUUAUUUGUAUAGUUUUAUUAUAAAAAAUAUAUAACGUGUGUAAAGUUUGAAUAGUCAAAAUUCGUGGAAAUAUUUCAGAAAAAAGAAUUUAAUAUGAACCAGAAGACCCUCUUAUGCUCUUUUUGUUCAAGUUUGUUAAAAUCGGAAUCUCAACAGACGAACACACAGUAAUAGUAGAUAGAAAUAGAUUUGUGGGAUGCGCCGCAGGAAGAUCGAUUUUAUGCAAGGCGCAUCGCGAACACACGAGAUGCUAUCCGCGAGAUGCUAAGUCGGAUCGCCAUUGUAAUAUUGAUAAUAAGCAAUAUUAUGUCAACGCUUCUUAACGUGAUGUUGCAUACUCAGCAGGUCGUUUCGGUUCCUCGAUGUCGAAGAGAUGCGCGCACGCGCGCGCGCCUGCAGAAUGAACUCGUCUUCUCGUCACGAAGGAUAAUUAGGUUCCGCUAAAUGCCGAUCCAUUUAUAGCGAAAUGCGUCGAGUAAUCGAAAACGCUGGUGCGAAUAGAUACUUCGCACUAAACGACGACUAGCAUCUUUGUUUUCUUUUCUUUCUCGUUUUUUAAUAUCUUUUGAUUUAAAAGUGCGAAAUUUUGUAAUUGAUAUAAUGUGUCUUAAUAUCGAAGUAUAUGUUAAACAUAAUUGUAUAUUUACUUAUUUUUUAAGUGCAACAUUGUCAGUUUUAUUAGAAACGAAAUUUGCUGAAACGCACAUGACCUUUUGAUAUAAAUACAGAUUUAUUUCUAGUUCUCAGAAUGAUUUGUUUAUUCGCAAAUAGAUAUCUUCACUGUUGUUGAUUCCGAUUUCUAUUCACCGGCGUUCUCGAUUAACAGCUCUUUUUCUCGUGACACUCGAUAUCUGCUUCCUGACCGAGUGGAUAUAAAAAAGAAAGAGAAUUGUCGCCGUAUAUCAAGUGUUUAAGUUUAAUCCCAAAAUUUUCAACUAGAGAUUACAUUGAAGAAUAACAAUGACUAAAAUUAUCAACCGUAAUUACUUAAAACAUUUUCGUCAAUUUCACAUUUUACAUUAUUAUAUACAACAAACAGUAUACUGUAGUGAAAAUCAAUAAUACUUCUGAAUCACGUGACAUAUUUGUGUUACAAUCUUUAUUUUGGGAAUUAUUUACAGUUAUUUUACAAAAUUUUUGAAAAAGUAUUUAUCUCUCUUGAAAAAUUUGUACAUAAGAAUUUUAUAAGGAAAAAAAGCAGUGCUAAUCUCAGACAUUUAUUCGAAUAAUAUCUUAAUCAAAUGCACGCACUGCAAUAAACUGCAAUCAGAUAGAAGCAAUAUAAUUCAUGCAUUGAAAGAUAAUGCACAUAUAAAAUAAUUUAUUACAAAAAGCGUAAAAUUACUAAGUCGUUUAAAUAUUAACGAGACUGAUUUGUUUUCAAGUAAUGCAAAAAGCAUUUAUUCAAAAAUAAUAUAUCUAUUAUUUAAAAGAAUAAUAUAUCUAUUAUUUUUUUUUAAAGGAAGAAUAAAACGCAGAAAUGAUCAAUUGAUAUCUGUCUGUUAAAUUAAUAGGAUUUAUCGUAUAUUAUACAGAAGAAUAAUGUUAGGAAUAACUUAUCAAUUUUCUGUUUUAGUUCUUGUUUUCUUUCUCUUUUCUUAAUGGACGAAGAGAUUUUAGAAAAUACAACAGAUAAUUUGGCCGUCGUCACAUUUUAAUCAAUCUUUAGUUUAAAAAUUUGGGUUAAGCUUUAGUGUUUGGUAUAAGGCAGCGAUUCUUUUCUUUUUUUCUCUCUCGCGAGCGUCGUGUACGUGUACAUAGAUCAACUAGAUUUGUCGAGCACAAAGAUUGUAGAGGAGCGUGCUGAGAAGCGCACUUUUAGGAACUAAACAAGCAGACAAGAGAGAAAACUACACUCGAACAUACUCAUGAUUCUCGUAAUGUUAAAUUAAUGAACGUAGAAUAAUUAAUUAAUUAAUUAAGCAGUAAAAAUACGCAGACGCGGUAAAGAUACGAAAACUUUCUCCGAAUGUUAGCCGUUACCCGACAUUAAGCCUGCGUUUUGUCCUUACUCGACGAAAAUUCGGCCGAUUUUACGCAGUAACGAUCGAUAUUCGGAAAAGGAAUUCUUGUAUCUACACACAUCCUUCCACGCGAAAGACAGCACAAGAAACUGUAUCUCGAUUUUCCUCCGAUAAAAUCCUUCUGACAUUUUCUAAAACACAAACGUAGUUUUAUAUUUAAGGUACAAUUUGUAUAAUUACAGCGACAGUUUGACAUUUUGUCUCACCGUGAUGUAAUUACAUUCGUAACAUAGCUUAGCCGAUAAUCCAAUAAUCCAACUGUGCGACAAAUUUUUUUUAUCAAAGAUGACCCGUAAGAUAAAAUCUCGUAGCAUUUCGGCACUCUAAUUAAAUCAUCAUAAAAUACGUUUGCAAGGCACAAUUACGUCACGAUAUUGAAACUUAAUGUCUAAUAACCAACAUUUGUGCCACACUUUUUUCAUGUACACAAAACAGCGCAAUGAACAUGAUUAAAUUUUUUCGACGAAUAUAAAUUGACUUUACUGUUUACAAAUUAAAAAAUGCAUUAUUGCAUUAAUUUUUAUUUGUUAGACAAAUCAAAUUGCAUUAAAGAUUCAUAUGAAAUGAUUGACAGUUUUUGGCCAUUAACUUUUAAUGCCGUGACGUAAUUGUUUUAUGCGAAGACAUCUUGUGAUUUCAUUAGAGUGCUAAAAUGUUAGACUUUACGAAUUAUAUACGGCUAAGUCUUUUUUUUAGGAUUCUUGUUCUUAUUAGGGUUCGAUCUUUAUCAGAAUUUCAGGGUUGAAACUAUAACGAGUAUUGAAUCUCGCCGAGAGUUAAAAAUCUUAAAAGACUUAGCCGAAGCCAAAUCUCGUAUUGUUAACGUAUCUCGCGCAUUGUUUUUGCCAUGAUAAAUUUGCAUCUCGUCACACGGGUUUUAUCAGAGGGAAGUCGAAGAGGCGGAAAUAGAGACUUUUCGCAGCCGCACUCUUCGCGAGUAAAAGCGCACGCGGUACGAGAGCACGAGAGAUUCUGCGAGGUUUAUCUCCCUGUAUAUUAUACACUGUAAUUACAAUUUAUACUUAUUCGUAAUCGAUACCUUUUAUCGGUAGGCUAUUACUACUAGUGGUUAGCGUAAUAAGUCAAGCUCAAAUUAGCGGGACGGGAGAGCCGCGCCGGAGGCACACUUUUUUCCGCGGGUUCGUCGCGUCCUAUCUUCGUCACGAGUGCACAACUUCCUUUCUUCGAUUCUCUUACUUUAUGCGCGUUACUGUUGCGACAGGCCUAUCGUACAAGAUGUUCAUAGAGUCUAGAGGCUAGAUCAAGCUCUCUGUCGAACCCUGUCCCUCCCCCCUUUUACUACGCCUCUUUUUUUGUCGCCUCGUUUAAAUGCCGGAAGAAUAUCUCGUUUACUGUCGUCGCUCUGAAGUGACUAUCAAAUUUCCCUUCGCCGUUCUAUCAAGAGAAAAAAAAAAAAUAUUUAUAAGGAUUAUCGGAAAAUCGUUUUGAUCGCUGGAAACACUGUUGUCUACAAAGAACGCGACAUAUCUAGAUAACAAUAGAGUUUACGGAGAUGUUCAAUAGCUUCUGCCAAAUUUCCUCACGUGUACGCAUAUUUUCGUGUCCCGAAAGUCCCGUCACUUCAGUCUUCGAUCCUCGCCGGGCGUACCUUCUCUUCCGGAUUGAAGAAUUUACUCCCAAGCAUGAAUCCAUAACUUUAAAACAUUUUAGAUCUUAGAUAAAAUUUUUCGAAUAUGAAGAUAAAUGUGGCUUGAUAAAAUUCUUCAGUUCUGACGGAUUACGGUUGGACGCGCGGGCGAGGUCAAAAGCCUGAAUCUCCUAUCGAUAAUUUGUCCUCGUUGAUAACGAAACCCAGAGCUAGUGGGGUCGCGCAAUGUAACAUAACUCAAUGAUACGCACCGUACGUUAUACGUAUAAUUAUUAAUUAACGAUAAAAAAAAAAAAGAUACCGUAAAGGGAUUUUUAAAUGAAUCUAGAUGAAUACAUGACUACGUAAUGACACAUCUUACAAGCAACAUAUCCUAGGUAUUCGAGCAGAGCGCUGUCGGAGGGAUCCUCCGCGAUCGUCGCACGGCACAAAAGAGAAAGAGAGAGAGAGAGAGAGUGAUCUCUAUCACCGAGGCGCGAGAUCCGAAUCUCGAAGCCGGAAUCGUCGGCGUCGUCGGCAGCGCUGUUCUUUUUCGAAUUAUUGCAAGAAGAAAAAUUAAUGAGGGAUGUUCCAUGACAUUAGAGCGUUAUUAUUAAUGAUAUUUCUAGCGACGCGUGUGCGUGUGUAAAGUUUAAUGUAUCUGUACGUGUGUUAUACGAGACACCGGUGCGUGCGUGUGUGUAAUGUGUAUGUACGUAAUCCGUAUGCGAGCGAGCGAGAAACUCGUACCCCCUGCCCCUCCCCCUCCCCCCAUUUCCCAUCUCCACGGAUUGGUGAAAAAUAAGAGCACGAAUUAAUUAUCGUUAUGUAAGGUAGCACAAAGUUAAGAUGACAAAUGAGGAAAGAAUGCCGUGACCGUUUGGAUCAUUGUGAAAAACUAAAAACAGCUAAUCGCCACCUGUUUUUUCGCUUCUCUCGCAGAUGUAAAGAAAAGAGUAAAAAAAAAAAAGCAGAAAUCCGCAACGAGAAACGCCGUUGAGAGAUGCCUCUGUGUCUCUUUGCGGAUUUCCAUUACGCAUAAGUGAUUUGCGCUACCGAGAGAGUUCUACGCAAUAGCGGGCUCGCAGGAGAUUAAAUGAAAAUCAGUAAAAGAAUAAAAAAAAAAAAGAAGAAGGAGAAGAAGAAGAGGUAUAAGAGAGUAAAAAUAUAUGAUCAACUCGAUGAACUUUAUUUGCGAAAUAUUGAUAGGAAUAUGAGGUGUGACUCGUGGCACCUUUAUCAUUGUCUGAUUUGAUGAUAUUUUGUAAGUCUGGACCAGUUGUUAGGUUCUUAUUAAUCCCAUAGCGACUUCUUAUGGCGUAUUUUCUCUGUAUAUUGUCAAUGUUUAUUAUUAAAUAUUUUUCAAAUAAA